AAGAAUCAGCUAAGCUGCCCCAUUUAUAUUCCAACAAUUGUAAAUGAAAAAUCACACUGAGUUUCCUUCAGCUUUAAAGAAAAGCAAUAGUUUUUAAUUAUACAGAGAAAACCUCCAAAACAUGUCAAGAGUUGAAGGCAAUGGAGCUACUAAGCAAUAUCCAGAACGGACUAGGCGCAUUCCCACACCAGGGAAAGCAACUAUCAUUGCAAUGGGCAAAGCCUUCCCUAGCCAACUUAUUCCUCAGGAAUGCUUAGUGGAAGGCUACAUUCGGGACACUAAAUGCCAAGAUAUCUCCAUUAAGGAAAAACUCGAGCGUCUGUGCAAAACUACAACUGUUAAGACAAGGUACACAGUGAUGUCCAAGGACAUCCUAGAAAAGUACCCUGAAUUAGCAACUGAGGGCUCUCCAACAAUAGCACAAAGGCUUGAGAUUGCCAACCCUGCAGUGGUGGAGAUGGCCAUGGAAGCCAGCCUCGCCUGCAUCAAGGAAUGGGGAAGACCAGCACAAGAUAUCACCCACAUUGUCUAUGUCUCCUCAAGCGAGAUAAGAUUACCCGGUGGUGACCUCUACCUUGCCAGCCAGCUCGGCUUAAAGAAUGAUGUUGGCCGCGUUAUGCUCUACUUUCUUGGCUGCUACGGUGGUGUCACUGGUCUUCGAGUUGCCAAGGACAUAGCCGAAAACAACCCUGGAAGCCGAGUUUUGUUAACCACUUCUGAAACAACAAUACUUGGAUUCCGGCCACCAAAUCAGGCACGCCCUUAUGAUCUCGUUGGAGCUGCACUCUUUGGUGAUGGAGCUGCGGCUGUUAUAGUUGGAACUGACCCGGUAAAAGGUAUUGAAUGUCCUUUCAUGGAACUCAAUUAUGCUGUCCAACAGUUCUUGCCUGAGACUCAUAAUGUCAUAAAUGGUAAGCUCUCUGAAGAAGGUAUAAACUUUAAGCUCGGGAGAGAUCUUCCUCAGAAGAUAGAAGAAAACAUUGAGGAAUUUUGCAAGAAGCUCAUGGCCAAGGCUCAGCUGAAGGACUACAAUGAACUUUUCUGGGCUGUUCAUCCUGGUGGACCAGCCAUUCUUAAUAAGCUAGAGACUACUUUGAAACUGAGCAGUGAUAAGCUUCAAUGCAGUAGAAGGGCCUUGAUGGAUUAUGGAAAUGUGAGCAGCAAUACUAUAUUUUAUGUCAUAGAGAAUAUGAGGGAGCUUUUGAAGAGAGGAGGAGAAGAGUGGGGGCUUGGCUUGGCAUUUGGACCUGGCAUUACCUUUGAAGGAGUUCUCAUUCGAAGCCUUUAAUCCAUUAAAUUAAUAUAUUAUAAUAUAUCUAUAUGAAUUUAAUUAAAGCUAGAGGGAAAGUGGGGCUGCAUCUCACCGAUUGGUCGUUUAAAAGAAAUGGGGUUCAAGGAUUUUCCUUCUAAGAA